GAACCUACAACACGGACUUCUGGGCAUCAACGCUACCUAUCACCUCAUUCUUAAUUGUAUUCAUAAAUGAAUUGAAGGUUACACAACUAGGCAAUGGUCGUCAAAAUUAGAACUGGAGUCUUCAGAAUUCCAACUGUAGACAUUGACAGUGUGCGCUAACAACGUUGAAGCGAAGGAUUUAUUUGGGAAACAAAGAGGGAGAGGUUUAGAAUAAGAAGUUGGUGUGUAAUGGGAUGUACUUUCGUGAGAAUUUAAGGAUUUGGACUCUUCUCCAUGCACCGUGAAAUGUAAAACUGAAUGCUCAGGCGUAGCUACCAGGUGGUUUCUCUUACUUGACUUUGUUUUGUGUGUGCUCUUAAAUCUGUUUUACAUUGCGCAACUUUUGCACAACUGCAUUGAGUCAGUGUUCCUACCUGACUUUGCAGAUUAGGAGCAGAUCGUGCCGUACUAGGACCUGCCCAUAAACUCUUCCCGGAGGGAGGGCGGGCGGUGCGCGCCCGGCGGCGGAAGAGAAUUGGCCCUCCGCGGCCACCGUCAGGCCCGCCCAAUCAGGGCUCCGCGGGAAGAGGCGGGCUGGAGUGGCGCGCGCUGCGCUGCUGGCUGUCUUGCGGGGGCUUCGGCAUGGAGGAAAUUUAUGCCAAGUUCGUGUCUCAGAAAAUCAGCAAAACCCGCUGGCGACCGGUACCUUCGGGGAGUUUGCAGACCGCGGAGACCUUCGCUACGGGCUCUUGGGACAACGAGGAAAAUCGUGUUUUAUUGUGGUCUAUUGGCGAUUUGGGGAACUUGGACUCUGAUGGAGGGUUUGAAGGAGACCACCAGGUAUUGUGCGGUACCAGGCACUACGGUGACGUUAUGGAUUUACAAUUUUUCGACCAGGAAAGAAUCGUAGCUGCUUCGUCAACAGGAUGUGUUACAGUUUUCCUUCACCAUCCCAACAACCAGACUCUGUCAGUCAGCCAGCAGUGGACAACAGCUCACUACCACACGGGUCCAGGCAGUCCUUCCUGUAGCAGUGCACCAUGCACAGGUGUUGUGUGCAAUAGCCCAGAGAUUGUCACAGUUGGAGAAGAUGGUCGAAUAAAUCUCUUCAGAGUUGAUCACAAGGAAGCUGUGAGAACUAUAGACAAUGCAGAUAGCAGUACACUGCAUGCUGUAACCUUCCUUCGAACUCCUGAGAUUCUUACAGUAAAUUCAAUUGGACAAUUAAAAAUAUGGGAUUUCAGACAACAAGGAAAUGAGCCCUCUCAAAUAUUAUCACUGACUGGUGACCGAGUGCCACUCCACUGUGUUGAUAGACAUCCCAACCAGCAGCAUGUUGUAGCUACUGGGGGCCAGGAUGGAAUGUUGAGUAUUUGGGAUGUUAGACAAGGUACUAUGCCUGUGUCUCUGCUGAAGGCUCAUGAAGCUGAAAUGUGGGAAGUUCACUUUCACCCAUCCAACCCAGAUCACCUAUUUACCUGUUCUGAAGAUGGAUCCCUGUGGCAUUGGGAUGCCUCCACAGAUGUGCCUGAAAAAUCAUCACUCUUUCACCAGGGAGGAAGAAAUAGUACAUUUUUGUCUCAUAGCAUUAGUAACCAGGCUAAUGUUCACCAGUCUCUUAUAAGCUCCUGGCUCAGCACUGAUCCUGCGAGAGACCGGAUUGAGAUCACAAGCUUGCUUCCCAACAGGACUUUGUCUGUGAACAGUUUGGAUGUUUUAGGUCCUUGUCUUGUUUGUGGAACCGAUUCAGAAGCAAUUUAUGUUACUAGACAACUUUUUUCAUGAAAGUACUAUAAUUAUAAGAUAUCAGGUAAAAACAUACAGAUGGCCUUUCAAAUUCCAACUUCUCUACAAACUUUUAUUAAUGAAAAAUGUGACGUUUGUAGUAAACUCAUUAAUGGCAAUGCCCAGGUUUGGAUUUUGUUAGCUGUUAGGUGACUGAUGGCACAGGAACGGGAACUUGUGGAAGAAUGCCAGAGGGAUCCUCGUGUUGAUGAAUACACUGCCUUCAGACCCUCCUGGACAGCUCGUGGAAGCUGCUCUUCAUUUCUGAUGUGAGCUGUCAAAUCACCAACGGGUUCCUGUCCUUGUUAUCAACAGUAUGUGGCAUUAGCCAGUGUUAGCGUUUAUUCUUUUUAUUGCAAAUGUUUUCUUCAGUCCUUUCACAUUUUAUUUCUUUAAUAAUUUUAAUAAACUUUUCCAGAAAUAAUUGAGUAGAACAAAAAACUGACAAAUUUUUUUAAAGGGGAAAAUGUUUUGACAGGUUCCUUUAAUAGACUAUGUUUGAACAGAACUCUAUCAGCUGCUUAUACCCAACUUUAUUUUUCUUGAAAAGAAAAAAGAAAAUGCAUUUUUUCUUAAGGAUUUUUGCCUUUGUUUAGUUUUACAGUGUAGUCGAAAAUUGCCAAACUGGACAUUAGGCAUUAAAAUAGAAUUUGACAUUGAUAAGUGAGCCGAUUUUGAAACUAACAUUUGAUAGGUAACAUGUAUGAGAUUAGUGUGAUAGUGUGGUAAGAGUAAAGAAUUUUGCUGUCUUUAUCCUUAUUGGAAAUGUUAAUGAUGACCUUCCAUAGUGUUUUAAGACAGUAGUAUGACACUGUCUUUCCAUAAUGUGUUAGAUUAAAUGCAUUAUUGAAGUGUGUUCAUGUGCUUUAUAAUUCCAAUAAUAGUAAUUAUGGUAAAGUUUUGCUCUUCUCCCUUAAUAUUUUCAAAAAAUUUUAUGCCACCUUAUCUCAGGGUUUUUUGUUUUUGUUUCUUUGUCAGUAUUUAAAAAUGGAAUAUGUAUAUGAAUCUGCUUUUUUAUAUUUGGCUCAAAAAUGUUUCAUUAAAGAUAAUAAGUAACUGAGUUCCAAAUAAUUAGAAGGAAAGAAAAUGUUGCCGAUAGGAAUUUUUAAUCUGUUUAUAAUGUUAUUGCUGGGAUCAAUUUUUUAAAAUGUCUGUUACUACAAAAGUAAUUCAUUACAGAAAAGCAAAUCUUAACUACUUAUAACCUCAACUAAUAGUCUAUUCCUUUUAUUCAUCAGUGUAUAUAAUUUGUUUUGUGAAAAUGAAAUACAUAUUUGUAGAUGCACAUUCCCUACCAGUAAACACAUGGGUUCAAUCAUAUAAACAUAGCUAUGAAUUUUCCUUUGACUUUAUGUUUUCAUUUGUAUGAAUGUCAUGCUGCAGCCUAAGCUAUAGUGUCCCUUUUCACCCAGUACAAGCACCCUCCCAUUACAGUUAGCAGGUUAACUUCCUUUUUAAAAGGAAAUAUAUUUUUAUUGAUUUCAGAGAGGAAGGGAGAGGGAGAGAAAGAUAGAAAUAUCAAUGAUAAGAGAUCCAUCAAUCGUCUGCUUCCUGCACGCCCCCUACUGGAGAUCAAGCCUACAACCUGGGUAUGAGCCCUAGACCAGAAUUGAACCAGGGAUCCUUCAGUCCGCAGGCCGACGCUCUAUCCACUGAGCCAAACCAGCGAGGGCAGCAGGCUAACCUUGCUCUGGGCCGAAGACCCUAGCUAGUGCUUCGGUGGCACAUUUUCCAUGUACAGUAAAUGGCAUGCUUGUGCCUCUGCUUUUACCUGUAUUAUCUGCUGCUGUAAAGUUUGAAGGUUUCAUACAUGUUAGCCCUCUUGUCAGUUUCCAGCAGCAAUGUAUACAAUUUCCCUGGGUCAUGUUAGUGAAUGAUGGUAAAGGGAAGGAGCCAGACGUCUAGGCUUAAAAUAUUAGCUGGGACUGGAAACAGUUUUAAAUUUCAAACUUUGCUUUGCUUGGACUGGAAACAAAGGACAGGAUAACAAGGACAGGAACCCGUUGGUGAUUUUUAAGUUUUAAGCUUUGCUUUGAUUUAAAGGUAUUUAUAACCAUAUGUAAAAGAAAGUACAUUUGAAUAGUGUUACAUUCAAUACAUUUAAUAAGAAACAAGUUUUAUGUAGUAUAAAUUAAACACUAAUAUAUGAA